GCAGCUCCAGCCGCGUCCCCAGACUCUCCUGUGCGUGGGGAGCGAGCCUGAGAGGGAAAAGUUUGGUGGUGAAUUUAAGCGAGAGGCGCCGUCUCACGGGAGCUUCAGCCUGGAUUGAAACAGCUCCGAUGGCACUGUCAAAUAUCUCCCUGUGGAUUCGGGAUGCCUGGGCUGUGGCCACUUCUAACCUGGACCUUGAGAGCAAGAAAGCCGCCCCUGGCAAGCUGCCAUGGCAGCAGCCUGUGAACGUCUUCCUGGCGGCCGGGCGCCCACCGGGCAUGGAGCAGCUGCACCAGGAGGCCCAGCUCAACCUCCAGAGCUUGCUGCAAGAGGAGUAUGAGGAGCAGUACACCGAGAGCAGGGUCACUGGGCAGACCUUCCGCACCGCUGGUCACCCCGACACCCCCCCUGAACCGUCACCCCGACCCCCACCUGCCAAGCGUCUUGAGUUCGUGCUUAUGCCCCCGAGCCGGCGAACUGCUGAAGAGGAGAGCACCAGUAGCACCCCCCUCAGCGCUCGCCCCCCUGACGCCUCCCUGAGCCUCCCCACCAGCCCGGACAAGCAGCCCCCCUGGCCCAGGGCCUUUCCCCUGCCCCCCGUGGAGGAGAAGCAGUGGCACCAGCCUGGCUCCAUCCAGACCAACAUUGUCCCCAUUAAUGUCUCGGGGCAGCACUUUGCUAGGCUCGCGAGUGCUCGUCACUCCCUGUUUAACACAGAGACCGCGAUGAACCCAAAGUCCACCCUGCGGCGUAGACGGACCAUUAUUGGAUUCCCUAACCUGUCCCUGCGAGACCAAGGCAGUGCCAACGGCCCCACAUCCAGCAAACACGCGCCCAUCGCCGAGUCCCUCUCCUGCAGCUUUGUGCCUGAAGCCACAAGCGGGGGGACGGCACCCCAGGAGAUCGGCUCCCGCCAGCCCCUCUCGGCCCCACUGAGGAAGACCUUCAGUGACCUCGGGGCCCGCUGCUGCCAGCCGCCUGCUGCCAUGGAUGGGGCGGCCACCCCCUGUGCCAGCACCUGCAAUGGGAUGCAGGGCACCCCUUUCUCCCCACCCUGGAGCGCCCUGGGCUACGGGAGCCCCCCCAGCCCCCCCACCGGCCUGGGAAAGGGGCCCACCUGCACCUCACCAGGUGGCUCCAUCCCAUCGCCCGGCCCAGGCUCACCCGCUGCUGCCACCCCCUCCUUCUUCAUCGCCACGGAAGAACGCAUGGGCAGCAACGGGCCCAGCUUCUUCUCCGGCCCAGUGCCUGCAUCCCCCCUCACCUCUGGGUGCGUCCAAGAAGCCAAGGGGAACUUCUUGCCGGGAAGCCGAGAGGAGCUGGCGCCGGCGGCAGGGCCGAUGCGGCUGGAGGUGGAGCGGGCAGGGUGCCGGUUCCGCGAGCGGUCACUGUCGGUGCCCACGGACUCGGGGUCCCUCUGCUCCAUGGACAUCGCGUACGCUGAGACCCGGCGGGGCAGCGCCAACUACGCCCUGGGCUACCCCAGCGCCAGCUCCGAGGGCAGCACCAGCACUGACAACAUCUCACUGGGGCUGGAGCCCGAGGGCCAGCGGCGGCGGCGCUCCAAGAGCAUCUCCCUGAAGAAGGCCAAGAAGAAGCCCUCGCCGCCCACGCGCAGCGUGUCCCUGAUCAAAGAGGGGCAGGACGAUGACACGGGGCUCGCUGCGGCGCUGCCCAAGGAUCAGCGGCCCAAGAGCCUGUGCAUCCCACCAGAGCUCCAGGGCCACCGUUUGGUGCAUGCUGACCCUCAGGGGAGUGCGGGGAGGGAGCCUGACAGCACAGCUGCCCCCCACCAGUGGCAUCUCGCAGACUGGAAGGGUGGCAGUGAUCCCUACCGAUCCCUCUCCAGCUCAAGCACAACCACGGGGACCACAGCCAUCGAGUGCGCCAAGACACGGGGCAGCUCUGAGUCCCUUGUGUCCCCUUCCGUCUCCAGGGCCACAACACCCUCCCAGCUCUCUGCCGAGGCAGACAUGAAGACCUCCUCUCCAGGCAGGCCCACGGGACUGAUGUCCCCAUCCAGUGGGUACUCCAGUCAGUCAGAGACCCCAACCCCCACCGUCCCCACCUCUGCCAUACUCGGGCACUCCCCGCACCAGGUGCGGGUGAGGCCACUGGUCCCUGAAAGGAAGUCCUCACUGCCCCCCAUAUCCCCCAUGGAGAGGAGCCCCAAGGGCAGGCUGUCCUUUGACCUCCCCAUGACUCCACCUGCCCACCUCGACCUCUCAGGGCUGAAGAUCUCCCUAAAGGGGAAGACGAAGGUCAGCAGGCACCACUCCGACUCCACCUUUGGCACCAAGCUGGCCCAGAAGACCAGUCCCAUCAUGCCCAUUAUGCCAGUGGUGACACAAUCUGACCUCCAGUCUGUCCGCCUCCGCUCCAUCAGCCGCUCGGAGCCAGAGGACAAUGCCGACGGCCCGGAGCAUGUGGAGGAGCCAGCACGUGGCCCCUGCCCGGGGCCAGAGAGGAAGGUGAAGCCGCCUGUGGCAGAGAAGCCGCCUCUGGCCAAGCGCCCUCCAUGCAUCCUGCCCAAACCCCCAGCUCUGCGGGAGGAGGGUCCCCUGUCCUCCAUGUCCCCACCAGGCACUGCUGCAAAGGAGAAGGUGCUGCCACAGGACGGCUUCGUGGUGCUGCGGAGAGGGGAGCUGAGGAGGGGUCUGGGGGAGCCCCCCUUGUCCCUGACCCCGGCAGGACCCCGGCGGCUCUCACAGGGCAGCCUGGAGGAGCUGCAGCCAGAGCGGAGCGGUGCCGCCAACAGGGAGAGGAGGAAGGCCAAGGUGCCACCACCGGUGCCCAAAAAGCCCAGCGUGCUGUACCUGCCUCUCAUGCCAGCCCCAGCACAGCUGGGAGCCAGCAUGGGGGACCCACCACCCACCCCCAGCCCCAUCAUCACCCUGGACGCUGACCCCACCUGCUGCGACCCCGACGCUGAGGAUCCGCCGUCCCCCAAGGUUGUGGGCACCGUGCAAGCCAGCGACCCUGCCUCGGAGCAAGGCAGCUCAGCAGAGGCCAGCACAGAGGAGAAGAGCUUUGCCAGCGACAAGACAGCCGAGUCCAUUGUGGAGGAGGAUGAUGAGGUGUUCACAACAUCCCGCACCACAGAGGAUCUCUUCACAGUGAUCCACAGGUCAAAGAGGAAGGUCUUGGGCAGGAAAGAACCUGGUGAUACCUUCAGCAGCCGACCCACCUCCCACUCACCUGUAAAGACUUCAGGCUCCCCGACCAGUGAGUCCCCAGCAGCAGCGGGCAGCAGCGGGAAGUCUUCCAGCAGGAAUGAGGAUUUUAAAGCCCUGCUUCAAAAGAAGAGCAGCAAAACCAGCCCCGGUACCCGGCCAUCUGCCGCUGAACUGCUCAAGACCACAAACCCACUGGCCCGGAGGGUCAUCACAGAGUUCGCCCCCGAGCUGGACAGUGCAAACAGCCCCAGAAGCCAGCCCUGACCACGCAGGGGCCCCUCCAGCUGGAGGGGUGGCGAUGGCUGUGGAGGGAGUGCUGUGAGGGGCUGUUCUGGCUGCCAGGGGCCCCUGUGUCCUGCCAGGGGUUCUGCUUCUGUUUCUUACUUGGAGAGCUGCUGGCAGAGAGGCAGCAGCUAGAGCCCAAGCCCCCAUGUCUCUGGGCCCUUCCCAGAAGGGAAGAGGCAUCACGGUGGCUGGGACUGGCCCCAGCUGAGCCAGCUCCUGGGACUGAAGAUGCCCACCCAGGAAGCAGAGUGGGACCACAGCCCCUGGCGUCACCCCGUGCCUGCAGCAAAGCAGCUUGAGACUUUGGUCCCUUCGGCAUGUGGUACUUUAAACAGCUUUUCUAAUGCACAGUGGUGGUGAUGUUUGAUUCUCUUCCCUUUGACAUUGUACCUUGAGUUUCCCAUGCAGAGAUCCGCUGGUUGAGUUCGGCUGGACACACGGAUGCACUUUGGAAAGACGCCAGGGGUUCAGCUGGAUCUGCGGUUGCUUUUGAAGAGUCACAGGAGGUUCACCCUCAUCUCCCCAAGCACCCUCCCUGCCACACGGGGAACUGGCACCCGGCGUCUGCGGCCAGCGCCACCACCUCAAGCCAAAACCCCACCCCUCGAAAGCCCCCAAAAUGCUGCAUUUUGGAGCUCCUCAGCUCUCAGUCCAAAAGCAAACCCCGGGGUCACCCCCACUGCCAGCCCCACCAGCUGCACCAUACAGAGGUUCCAGCAGUUGCCCCACUCCCCACCAGCUCCCUGCACCGGGGGCCCUGCACCUGGCUGCUGACUGCAGGUGACAGGAGUGCGGGGGGCCUUGCACCACAGGAAGGCAAAGGGAAGGAAGUUCAUCCCCAGCUCUGCCACCCUAAACCUAAUGGACCCUGCAACAGCUUCUGCUGCCCCAGCUACCGGAGAUCCUGGGAUGCUACUGAGGUGGUGGCUUGAAUCCAGGCGGUUGUCACCUGAGCCACCUCCCCAGUGACUCCUGGAGUUCCCUUCAGGGUUGCCCACUGCUCACCACCUGCCCAGUGAUCCCCGGGUUCCUCCAGGAUUGCCCACUGCUCACCUUGCCCGCCAGCUGCUGGGGAGCUAAGCGAGGCCAAGCAGGACACACACCACCAGGGCACGUGCACAGGAGGGUUUGCACGUCCCUGGAUGGGAUUUGUCCCACUCACCACCAGCUGCUUCUUCUUGGCCUGGCUCCAGCAUGGGAGCUUCAGCUGCCAGUGACAGAGGCCGUGGUGAGGGGCAGCAGGGCAGGGACAGCCACUGGGACCAGGGCAGGGUGGGGAGCAAAAGCCAGCUCCAAACAUGAGCACGGCCACGCGCCCGGAGCAACAGGAAGGGCCAGGCUGUGGCUGACAAGGAAAUGGGGUGUUUAGGGAAAUUUCCGCUUUAUUUCUGCACACUCCAGCCCUUCUGUGCUGGGGGAGCGGUGUGGUAGGUCUGGGUGGCAGUGAGGCACCAUGGCAGCCCUUCAGCUGCUGCUCUGAGGGGCCAGGCUCUGGACCCCGGGGAGCACAGCCUGGGCAAACACCUCCCUGUGCUCACCCUCACACUGGAUCUGACCACACAAGGGCUCCAGUUGGUUCCCCUCCCCUCCCUCCCAGUACUUGCCCAUUACUUCCUUCCCUCUCCCAUGGCUGCAGAUUUAAGCCUGUAAUUAAGAUCCAGGCUGAGAAACUCAGGAAAAAAAAAAGAAAAAGCCCACAAAAAAAAGCUCUAAUGAAUGUCCACACUUUGCCCCCAUCCCGUGGCCCCGCCCGGUGGCACAGCUCUGACACGGGAUGGGGCCGGAGCAGGGAUUGGGAAGCUCUGGGGACGGGUACAUUUUGCACAUGACUGCUCAGGAAACCAGGGAUGGAGCCGGCAAAGGGGGCUGGGGGCAAGCAUGGGGCAGGGACCCCCCUGCAAUACCCCCAGCACUGCUGGCAGCCGGAGUGGCUGAUGCUGCUGCGGAGAAAUGUCUGGAUGGGCCAGGGUGGAUCUUGGCUGCUGGGCCAGGGGUCGACUGUGGAACAGAGACUGGCCAUGGAAUGGACACAGGCUGUUGGAUGGAGAUCAGCCAUGGGAUGGAAAAUGGCCAUGGGAUGGAGAUCCUCAUUUUCGUGGCCAGAGGAAUGGGCUUUUCCUGGCUGAGUGCUCGUCCCUGGCCGCUCGCUCCCUGCUCCCUCUGGCUGCGGCUGUCCCACUGGGAAGGCAGUGGGGUCCCGGGAAGAGCCCGGCCGACGGGACAGCCCUGCCCCGGGGCAGGGGCCGCCAAGGUGCCAACUAUGGAAUGUUGUACUUUUUAUCUCGCCAGCUUGGUAAAGUGCUCCCUGCUGCCUGU